AUGGCGUCACAACGCCCCGCUCGUGCUACUUACAACUCAACUACACCGAUCCGGGAAGAAUCGAAUCCCUACCUGCCUCUUGCGACCAGCGAAGACGUCACAAGCAACGAACUUCGACCCAUGAACGAGGUACCUAAAGCACUCGACUACCAGCCACGCAAGUCUUUUCUCGAACGCAUCGAACACAAUCAGCCCAGCCGAUAG